UCAGUAACUUCAGCAAAAGCAAACACCUUGCCGAUCCUGACUUCGGCGCUUUCGUCUUCCUCGGCUUCUUAGGAAAUUCGAAUCCGACUCGAAGCUCCGCAACAACACAUCUCAGAAUCUCCAAAAAUUCAUACUAACUUUAGAUGCCCCAGAUACACACAAUCGAUUCGGUAGUUACAUCUCAGAAUUGUCUAUGCGUCUGUAGUUACAACUGACGUGUUCAGGUUAACUCUCAGCUUGAAUAAGGAUGCAAUUCGCCUAAUUUUGCGCCGAUGGUUAGAUCCUUUGCAGGUGUAUUAUGCUGUUGUAGGCAUUGAGAGUGCAAGUUUGGCUUUAAUGUGCUUUAUUGCUACAUUAUUGUCAUGCACUACUUUGUUUACUGGGUUUAUAACACGGAGGCUGUGCGGAUACUGAUGCUAUGGCAGCAUCUAGUAAGUUCGAUUUAUCUUCUAGUAGCCCAAAUAGGCCAUUAUACCCGCAGCGUGGAUCCCACACUGCUGCCUCAUUGGAUAGAUCGAGUAGCUUUCGUGAGAACAUGGAAAAUCCAAUCCUUUCAGCUCUUCCAAGCAUCUCAAGAAGCAGUUCUGCUGUAACAAGAGGAGAUGUCUUGAACUUCCUCCAAUGCUUGCGGUUUGAUCCAAAGUUGAUGUCCGCGGAGCAUAGAUUGAAUAGACAAGGGGAUUUUAAGCGAGCCACAAGUGUUGUUUUUGGCGUUCCACCGGAUGAUUCUCCAUCUGGUAUCUUAAAAGGCAAGCUCUUGCCUUCUCCCUCGAUGGAGGAGAUCAAACGGCUCAAGGCUGGUCUUCGUGAAAGCUUAACUAAGGCCAGGGGACGUGUGAAGAUCUUCAACGAAGCCUUAUCCGCAAUCAACAAGUGUUUCCCAAGUAUACCGUCAAGGAGGAGAUCCCGAUCAGAAGUUUUGUCUAUUGACAGAUCAAAUGUCUUAUUCCCAAGUGAUCGGUCAGGCAUAGGUAAGAUGGGAGCACAAAGUCAUGCCAUUGCAACUGGUUUUGAGCUUGAGCAGCAAAAACCCGAAGAGAGGACCAAAAAUGUCGGUCCAAACAAACGCACACGAACUUCUAAGGUUGACGCGAGGAUGGAUAUACAUGCAAAUAAUGCAGCUAGGGCACCUGGGAAUAUGAAUAGGGAAGAAUUAAGACUUCCAAAUAGUGUUUCAGCUCAGGGUGAGGAUCGAGCAUUAACUAUUGGCCUUGAUGGUUGGGAAAAGUCAAAAAUGAAGAAGAAGCGUUCUGUGAUAAAGCCAGACAUCUCUCCUAGCACAACGGCUACAAAGCCUAGUGAUUGUUACAGGGAACCUAAACAUGGAAUGCAGCCCAGACUUAUUACUGAUGGCAGAUCAAGGUUGAAUGAUUCUCAUGUGUUCAGGCCAGGAGUUGCUAAUGGAACUGGAAAAGCAGAUGUCAUAUCACAACAAACUGGCUUGGGCAUGCGUUCUUCCAUCCCUAGGGCUGACCAGGACAAUAGUUCACUUGUCCAUGAUAGAAAAGAUCGUCAUACUGGUUCAGACAAGGAAAGGGUUAAUCUCAGAGCUAUUAGCAAGACAAAUGUCCGGGAAGAUUUUAGUUCUGCUAGCCCCAAUUUAAACAUCAAAAUGAGUACAAAUGCUCGGGCUCCACGAUCAGGUUCAGAUGUCAUGCCCAAAUUGUCCCCCAUUGUUCAACGAAUGACUGUUGCUAAUGAUUGGGAGCUUUCUCAUUGUACAAGCAAGCUCCCUGCUGUUGGGGCUAACAAUCGGAAACGCACACCAUCAAAGCGAUCUUCAUCACCACCUGUUGUGCAGUUGGCUGGCCAAAGGCCCCAGAAGAUUUCACGUACCGCUAGAAGAACAAAUUUCGUUCCUAUAGUUUCAAGUACCGAUGAAACCUCUACUUUGGAGACUGUAUCAGAUGUUUCUGGUAUUGAAAAUGCAUCAGGAUUUUCAAGACACUUGUCCAAUAAUUCUCCUCAGCAAGACAAAUUAAAAGUUGACCACUUUUCUACAGCUGCAUUAUCAGAAAGUGAGGAGUCUGGGGCUGCUGACAUUAAAUCUAGGGAUAAGGGUAAGAAGUCUGAUGAGAUGGAUGAGAAAGCUGUCCAGAAUCUUCAAAAGGUGUCAACUUUGGUGCUGCCACCAAGGAAGAAUAAACUGGUCAACGCUGAAGAGCUUGGAGAGGUUGUUCGGAGGCAAGGGAGGACUGGGCGAGGUUUUAAUUCUGCAAGGUCUCCAAUGCCAAUGACAGUUGAAAAGCAUGGCAAUGUAGGUACAGCAAAACAGCUCAGAAGUGCCCGACUUGGUAUUGAUAAGACGGAAAGCAAGGCAGGUCGUCCACCAACUCGAAAACUUUCUGAUCGUAAGACUUAUACACGUCAGAAGCACACUAUGAUAAGUGCAGCAGCCGAUUUUCUUGUUGGUUCAGAUGAUGGGCAUGAAGAGCUACUGGCUGCUGCAAAUGCUGUCAUUGAUCCGACUCAUGGCUUUUCCAGCUCAUUCUGGAGGCAGAUGGAGCCGUUCUUUGGUUUUAUUUCUGAUGUGGACAUAGCCUAUAUAAAGCAACAGGGAAAACUUGGAUCCAGUGCUCCAACACCAACCCCAGUACAUGGAGAUAUAGAUAGCUUCUAUACUUUCGCUAAUGGAUUUUGGUCGAUUGAAUCCGAGAGGGAUACAAAUGAAACAGAAUGUGUUGAACUUGCGUCUAAACAUUUAGUACCAGGUACAAGGAGUCCGAACGAUAUUCCCCUUUGCCAGAGACUCAUCGCAGCUUUGAUCUCAGAAGAAGAAAAUGAAGAGCCUUGCUGCAAUAGAAAUGAAGACAUCAAAUUUGAUGUUUAUGGAUAUGGAUUUGAGCUGGAUGCUGAGUUAGAAUCCAGUACUUUGAAUCACCGUACGUCACGAAACUUACACCUUGCCGGACUUGCUGCUUCAAAUGGUUAUAGGAGAAAUGCCACUGGGAGAGCCCUUAAUGAGCCAGAGCACAAUGUGCUAGAUAAUGGCAUAGUGGCCAUCUCAGAAACAGGGAUUAUUUCAAACUUCAAUCAUUUGCAAAAUGGCUUACUCCCAGACCAACCAAUGUUGCCUGGAAUUGCCUGUUUAGAACUUCAGUAUGAUGAAAUGUCCAUGAAUGAAAGACUUCUCCUGGAGCUUCAGAGUAUUGGACUUAAUCCAGAGCCAGUGCCUGAUUUAAUGCAGACAGGGGAUGAAGAAAUAAAUGAAGAUAUCAGCAGACUGGAAGACAAGUACCAUGAACAGGUUUCCAGGAAGAAAGGUUUACUUGGUAAAUUGUUUAUGUCAGCUUCAGAAACAAGAGAUCUUCAAGAAAAGGAGUUUGAACAGCAUGCUCUUGACAAGCUGGUAGCAAUGGCUUAUGAAAAGUAUAUGACUUGUUUGGGUCCUAAUGCCUCUGGGGGAAAGAGUGUCAGUACUAAAAUGGCCAAGCAAGCUGCCUUAGCUUUUGUUAAGCGGACAUUAGAGCGAUGCCAGAAAUUUGAAGAUACAGGCAAGAGUUGCUUCAGCGAGCCAUUAUUUAGGGACAUGUUCCUUUCUGGGCUUUCACACUUCAAUGAUGCAAAACCAGUGGAUGCUGCUGAUGGUGAAACUGACAAACAAUAUGUCAACACAUCUGGUUGCUCUUUGGAAUUUAGAGUUUCAGCUCCCUUGGAUACACAGCAAAGCCCUUCUCUAAACAACCAUGACAUUUAUUCUUCUAGUGCGCUUCUGUCUGGAAAUCACUCGUCUGAAGAAACUAUUAGUAAAGAAGAUACGUGGUCGAAUAAGGUGAAAAAAAGGGAGUUGUUACUUGAUGAUGUGGGUGGUACAAUUGGUAUGUCUACUGCACCUUCUGUCAUUGGAAGUUCUCUUUCAAGCAGUACAAAAGGAAGGAGGAGUGAGAGGGACAGAGAGGUAAAGGGAAAUGGCAGAGGAGUAUUAUCCAGAAAUGGAACCACUAAAAUUGGUCGGCAAGCAUCAUGCAAUGUUAAGGGGGAAAGAAAACCCAAGACCAAGCCUAAGCAGAAAACAACUCAACUAUCUGCUUCUGUCAAUGGCCACCUUGGCAAGAUAUCAGACCAACCUAAAGCAACAUUGCCUUCAAUUUCAAAGUCAAGUCAGAUGACAAGUGGUAGUGCCAAGGGAAAAGAUGAGUUUAGCUUUGAUGACCCUGAGGCCAUUGAUUUAUCCAACCUGCAACUCCCUGAAAUGGAUGUUCUUGGUGUUCCUGAUGAUCUUGGUGGUCAAGGGCAGGAUAUUGAUUCGUGGCUUAACAUAGACGUUGAUGGAUUGCAAGAGCAUGAUAUCUUUGUGGAUGGCCUUGAGAUUCCAAUGGAUGACUUAUCAGAGUUAAAUAUGAUGCUUUAAAGUUACUUUCUUUGUAUAUUCCUGUUCAUUAUUCUAGAAGAAAUAUAAUUGCAUUGUCAAGAAAUGACCGACUACGUGGAUGGUCGUUUGAGUGUCUAGUCCAUGAUUAGGCUAUAGAUUUUUUACAGAGACUUCUGCAGAAUUUGUUUUCUGAGUGAAUGCUUCAGAUGUUUUGGAUUUUGCCCCUGUUUAAGUUGGUGACUUCGACCAUAAAGAUCGUUUUGUUCAGCAUACAAGGUAGUAUGUCCUAGUCAUUAUAUUUUAGAGAAACCCUGUAUUCUGGUUGUAUAAUUUACAAAUCAGAUAGCAAUGCCUUCUGUACAUAUAUUUUAUGUUUCCAAUAAAAUCAACUUUUUGUUUUUGCAUUA